CAUUCCCUUGUUUCAUUGAUUAUUGGGGGAAGAUAUUAUAUAAUAUAAGAUGGAUAAGACAAGAUAAGAUCAUUUGUAUGUGGCUGGGUGCGUUGAUCCACCCCGGCCACUAGAGGUCAGUGUUCAUCAUCACAUAGUGAUGGGAGACAGCAGUUCCUCCUCCUGUCCAGGUCCUGGCAGUAAAGCGACUUUGACGUUGGGUUCUGUCGAUGUUAAACCUUCCAGACAAAGAAUGUGAUAAUUAAGCAAAUGCUGUACAUAUAUGAUAUUCAUGAUACAUUAUUUGCGUCAUAACAAGAUGGAACGGGGAAAUUAUUAUAGAGACCAAAACCGUUUUUGUACCCGGCUGUAAACAUUGUUUAUUUCUGCUGUAAAUCUGUUUCUUUUAACGUUAGGAUUUAUGGUAAUUAACCAUUGAGUCGCAUUUGGAGCCAGGCUCGAGUGGCCGUUUUGGCUUUUCCGCGUUGGCUUUUCCAGUCACCGAGGUUACUGCUUGCGUGAACCCUACCUGGACUCACAGCUGGAAUGUUUUAAUUACUAAUAAAAGAGGUUUCUAUCAUGACCGACCCAGUUCAGACCACCUCUGACAGUCUGUGUAAACUCGUCCGCUGGGCUCACAGCCACGGCACCAUCUGCAACCUCAUCCCAGCCUGCAGCACCUCACUUGUGGUACCUAUGGUAACGUACUUACACUGGAGGCCAUACCCCAUGCCAGCAGUGUCCCUGUCGCCGUUUGGGGUUGUGGUGCUGGACACGCCUACCAUUGGCCCCUCAGUGACCGUAGCAACGGCUGCGGAGGCUCAGCGAAUACCAGCCAGGGCCUGGAGAGGAUUGUCGGAGGACGUCCGUCCAAUAAGGUGAGAGUGAAGGCGUCAUGUGACCUCUCCUGCAGCGAAGCAGCAUCAGAGGGGGAGGAGUUCAGCAGCCGGCUGUUUGACAUGGCUGGAUGUGAUUCAUCGGCCACAGACGAAGAUGGCGACUACGAGCCCCGCCUAUACAGGAAAAGAUGCAGGGCACCGGGAGGAGCAGUUGACGGGAAGAAGGUCAAGCAGGAAGCAACCUCAGCAGAGAAUACUGACACUACUGCAAACAUAGCAAGCACGGGGCUAGCAUUAACAGGCGCUGUCGAUAUUUCGCAGGCUUGUCAGGCACAAAGCACACACUCUCAAAUCACUCUCACACUGUUGCCCAACAAGCCCCUCCCACGCUUCCCCCAGCCCCAGCAUGGGCAGCAUCUGGGGUUAGUGGACCCAGAGAUGGAGCUGCUAGGAGGAGGCAGCUGCAUGGCAGGGACCACAGAGCAGGCCGAGAGAUGCAGAUCCGCCACAGAGACUACAGAACAGACUGCAGGGAGGCAGAAUGAGCUGGAAAAGUUGCGAGCGUUACUUUGUGCCGAACGCAGCCACAACCAGCAGAUGACAGAGAUCAUCACCAGCCUGAAGCAGGACAAAGAGCUGCUGCAGCAUGAACUCACUAAAAAAGCCGAACUCAUCUGCGACUUCCUGCAGGACAAACUGCGGCCAGAGAAGCGGUGGUCUCGCUGCUCUAAUCAGACAGAACCGGGAAGUUCACAAAUGACCUCUCCUGAUGAUGUGGAAGAAUUUGAUUCACCGCCGCUGUUUGACUCAUUUGAGGAAAUGGAGCUUCACCCUGUGGAGCGCCACCGGACCCUGAAGACGAAGAGGAGCCGGGACGGGGAAAACACUCGAGUCAGGAUGAAAAACGUGGUGGGUGUGAUAGCGCGCUACAUGGCAGCCCUCAAAGAGUUUCGCCACAGCGUCUCCAUGAAGGUGGCCUUCGACCGGGUGGGCGUGGACCGCAACACCAUCUCCCGUACAGCUGCCAUAGCUGAGCUCAGUCUGGCCGCUCCAGAGGUGUUUCACGCACUGCCACCGUGGGAUGAGAAAGAGGAGACGCUGGCACGUUACGCCAUCGCUGCCGACAGGCGAUGGAUGACAGCAUUAAGGCCAAGAUCAAAACAAUGAAGGCAAAAGGCGAACUGCUGCCCAUUGUGUCAAAGUGACAAACAGACAACAGUUGCUGACCGACUCCUUCUGACUGAACAUAUAAAGAGAAAAUCCAACACUCACGUCAAGGGAUUCACUUCUUCUGCUGUGCCAUCAGUCUGUUGUGUUCAACUUAUUCCACAAAUGAUAUUGGCAGGAUGUUGUAAUUUUCUUUGU